CAUUCAGUGGAAACGCGCCUAAAGGCACGAAACGAUUGCAUGUAGAACGCACAUCGAUAUCAACUAUUCGGCGGGAAGCAGCGCAAUAGGAGAUCCGAAGAUCGUCUGGAUCAAGACUUUCCGACGAAAGGCCCCUUUUUGUUUGACGAGAGGUCACGAUAGAAUCUUCCAGCCACGCUGAUAAUAAUUAACCACCAAUCAUGUAUGACCUAACGGAAGGAGCGUUGGAGAAAAUCAUGGCGGGCGUAGAUGUCGUAGAACCAGUGCUCCAAGUAUUAGGUUACAAAAAACUAGCGAGAACUGUCAACAAGGAGGGUGUUGAUACUGAUCGCUACAGAUUGCUUGUAUCUGACGGGAAGAAGUUAAACUCGUUCACGAUGUUGGCCACUCAAUUGAAUAAUCUGAUCACCGACAGUAUUUUGACCGAGAAUGCAAUCUGCAAAAUAUUAAACUAUCACUUGAGUUCAGUGAACAAUGGUGGCAGAGAAAAACGUGUGAUUCUGAUACUGGGUCUCGAGGUGUUGAUUCCCGGCAGCGAAGUUGGGCACAAGAUAGGUGAUCCAACUAAUUUGGAAGUUAAGUCAGAGACCGAGUCUACAUCCACUUCCACAAGCGCAGCUGCACGCUACCAAAUUAAUGGUUCGGCCAAAAAAGAUACUUCAAGUCAUCAUUCCUUCUCUGAUAUAUCCACUACACCAAUUGCAGCGUUAAGUCCUUACCAAAACAGAUGGGUGAUCAAGGUCCGCGUGACUAGCAAGUCUGCAAUCAGAACAUGGAGCAAUUCCCGCGGAGAGGGCAAGCUUUUCUCCAUGGAUCUGAUUGAUGAAAGUGGCGAAAUUCGAUGUACUGCAUUCAGAGAUAUGUGCGACAAGUUCUAUGACAUGAUAGAGCCUGGACAUGUGUAUUAUAUCUCGCGGUGCACGCUGAAAGCGGCGAACAAGCAAUUUAAUACAUUGAAAAAUGAUUACGAGAUGACGAUGACCAGCGAUACAGAAAUCAUACCUUGCCAUGAAAAAAGCGAUGACAUCCCGACGUUGCAGUUUAACUUCUGUCCCAUAAGUCAAGUGGAAAACAAAGAGAAAAAUGAGUUAAUAGAUGUCUUGGGUGUCGUUACAACUUUCAACGAUGUACAACAUAUUGUACAGCGAUCUACCGGCCGAGAGCUCGUCAAGAGAGAUGUCAAUAUCGUCGACGACAGUAGUACGAUGGUAUGCGUUACACUAUGGGGAAAACAAGCCGAGGACUUCGAUGGUUCCAAUAACGCGAUCUUGGCCAUUAAAGGAGCGCGUGUGGGUGAAUUCAAUGGUGGAAAAAACCUGUCCCUUAUGAAUUCUUCGGUGCUUGAAAAGGAUCCUGAUCUCCCUGAAGCACACAGAUUGCGCGGAUGGUACACUGCAGGUGGCCAUUCAGAAAAUGCUAAAUCAUUAUCGAGAGCAGGCGGAAGUGGUGACUCAAACAUGCCGUUAUACACUUUCCAGGAGGCAACCGAAGCUCGAUUGGGAGAGAAAAUGAAUCUCUCAGAUGCAUUUAUGGUGGUGGCGACCAUCAACAUGAUUCGCAUGGAAAAUGCUAUCUAUAAGGCAUGUCCCAUAGAAAGUUGUAAGAAAAAAUUAAUCGAUCAAUCUACUGGAGUAUUUAGAUGUGAGAAGUGUAACAAGGAAUAUCCAAAUUUCUCAUAUCGAUUGCUGGCAAGUAUGAAUAUAGUGGAUGCGACAGGCAAUCGCUGGAUAACUGCCUUUAGUGAAGAAGCUGAGAAGGUAUUGGGUAUAUCGGCACAAAACUUGGGGGAAUUGAAAGAGAGCGAUAACGAUGCCUAUUUGCAUAAAUUCGGCGAGGCGACUUUCAAAAGAUUCAUUUUCAACUUGAGAGCGAAAUCCGAAGUUUUCCAGGAUGAAAUGAGAAUAAAACACAUCUGUGUAUCAGUUGCGCCGUUAAAUUACAAGACUUACCUCACACAUCUGAUAGACAAAGUCUCUAAGUUGGCGCACAUCGAAAAAUUAGAAUCCAACUAGAUAAGAUUCUAUACGUUUGCGCGAUUAAUUUAAGUAUUAUGGUCGUUUCUGUGAAUUUUCUUUCAAGUAUCUUAUUUAGAGUGUUUCUAUUAUUAGAUGAAAUUCGAUCAUUCUUUAAUGUAAAAGCUCAUCGAAUUCAUCGCGUAAGAUAAAAUUGAUAUACGUAUAAUCACAUUAAUCGAAUAUGCAUUACCUCCCACAAAAAUAUUUAUAAUAUUUCUUUGUAUUGCGGUUGCUAUGUAAUAGCAUUUACUUUUACAAUUUUCAUGAAAUAAAUUUCUAAUUUGCACAUUGA